AUGAAGAUCCCCACUCUCUUCUUGGCCUCCUGUCUUUUGGCCAGGGCACAAAAUGAAGCCCCCUUGUUUAGUCCCAACCGAGUUGGCAACUAUCUCUGUGACAUUUAUCUGGCACCCUCAGACAUUGGUGGAUGGGGAGUCUAUGCUGGCCGCGACUUUGAGGGAGGGGAAGUAGUGGAAAUUGCACCCCGAUAUGUCCCUCUCAAAACCACCGAAUUUUUGCACAACAAUGCCUUGAAUGACUUUCAUUAUGGUUUCACCUUUCAACGAGAUCCAGAAGAGACAUCCUUUGGUGCCGCCAUUUUUGGAAUGUCCAUGUUUUACAAUCAUGGAGUGGGAGCCCAACAAAAUGUCUUCUACACUAAUUUUGGCUUUGAACCCAACAAACACAUGCCAUGGGGGUCCAUGAUGCUUGGCUUUGUGGCCAGUCAUGAUAUUCGACGAGGUGAAGAGUUGCUAUCAUCCUAUGGAGAAACUGAACAGUGGUUUACAUACCGUGACUUAGAGAUGGCACAACGAGACGAGCAAGUGAUUCCAUCUCUGGAGAAAUUGGCCAAGAUGGAACAACAACAAUGCGCAAAAUCAAUUGCAGGAAUUGGGCAUUCCACUUGGAUUGAUCGCAUUGUAGCAGCGGAAGACAUCUAUGAAAUCAAUUUUCCUUACAUUGAAAAGGAGGAAAUGCUCCCGUUACAAGAUCAUCCAACGGCAGUUGCCAAGGAAUUCGUGCAGGAUGGUUCUCUCAUAGAACAGGCUCCAGCGCUGGUGGUCCCCAUGGCCACUUUUAAAGGCUCGCCACUGGAACCCAUGAUAAUUGCUUGGACUGAUUUGGAUCCAUCACUGCAGGAGGUGGUUCACGAUUUGCGAGCAAAGGGUGUUUACAGGAUGAAAGGAAUUGACACAGAAACUGGACGUCUUGCCCCAGAUGUCUUAGAAUUCUUUGAGGACUCGGCAAUCCUUCCUGCAGCAGGCCACAUUGGCUUGGUGCGCAAAGUGGGACCUAAUGGUGACAGCAACUGUCAUUUGGGCAUUGAAUCUGCUGCAAGGGAUAUAGAGAAUGCUGACAUUGGAAGCUCUGGAAUCAUUUUGAAAUUGUAUGCUACCAGAGAUAUACAGCCAGGAGAGGAACUGUUGCUGAACCUUCCUGAUUCCAGUUCCUGGAAGACCAAGAUGGAUCUUUCACAGCAUUUGGGACUCACUGGACAGCCCAUUCCGAAGCAUCUUGUUGACACUUACAAUCCUGGAGUUGACUUGCCAUUGGAUGACGAGGAAGAACCAGAUUUGUGA